UCAAGUUGCCCACCGAUAAGUUUGAACUAAUCGCACUAAAUUGCCACGAUCGAUAAAUGUGGCGAUGGCAAGUAAAAGUAUCGAAGACUUCAAAAGUACUCAUACUCAAACCUAACGUCCCGUUGUUAUGGUUACACGUAUCAUAACGAAACAAGCUGUGUGUUUCGAUUCGGUUGACUUAUAAUGUAAACUGUAUCACGAUAAACAAUAAUUAGUUAAUAAAAAACAAAAUAUAUAACUUUUAAAUAAAAUUAUUGAUGAGCCGCAAAUACACAGAUAUAAGUUAAAUUCUAAUAAAUAAAGGUGCAAAGUUAACGUAUUUCUUUUAGGUUUCAAAUUGCUUAGUUUGAUGCUUUAAGCAUCGGAAAAUGGUCAAAUCGAACAAGCAGCCGCGUCCAAUGCCUGCCACAGAUCGCAGUAGUACCAAUGCCAGUGGCAGCGGUAACUACAUGGAAAACACGUACUGUGUGGUGCUGCAUGUCGUCGAGGCCAUUAAUUUUUAUGGACGCGAAAUGAGGGAGGGGGAGAGGGAACAGAUUAUUAUGAAUGCUGCCCUCAACACAGUGGACUUUGAGGUUGAGGGAACCCCUUCGGCCACAUCGGAAACAAUUAUAUUCAAUAGCAAUUGUAUAUGGGAGUGCGAUAUGGCUGGGAUUAAACGUAUCAAGACGGACCAUCGGCCAGUAAAGGUCACAUUUUAUGCCAGCGGCGGUAUAGAACGCAAGACCAUUGGAUCGCUGCUUCUACCAGUGCGUGGCUUGCCAGUUCUGGGCACAGGUGGUAACAACAGUCCGCAGCAGCUGAAAAUGUUCUGGCAUAAGCUAAUCUGCAUUAGCAAUGAGUUUCGAUCCCACAAGCCGGAGGUGCUGCUCAUGUUGGCUAUCAUCAAAAAGUCUCUGCUACACACUAAGGAUUUCAAGCAUCUAACGGCAUUUAAUUGCUCAGAGAAACAAAGCCCUACACCACCGCUGCAGUCGCCCGGCCAUUCGAUCACAGCCAAUAUGUUGCAGUCGCAGGCCAAUGUCUAUGUUCAGUCGCUGGUGCAGUUGGGUUUGCUUCAGGUGGGCAAUGAUCCUCUGGUCGACUGUGACAUCAUCGAGGUGGUGCUGCAAUUCAAACAGCUCAAGAAUGUCAGAAAAUUUGUUAGAUCUGUAUACCAAGGAAAGUUGGAUGAUGUGGAAACCGUGUUGGUUAUGUUUGACUUUGUCGGCAAUGUCACGAAUAUUGAACUUAAGUUGAACCAUGCGGAUAUCUAUACUCUUAACGACGUGCUGGGCUUGCGCUUCAAAUCGUCACUGCGUAGUAUACGUCUAUAUUUCCAGCGCAUAUUUUAUUUACCUAUCAACAUGUAUGUUAAUGGCUCCUCAAUAGCCAAUUAUCGCAUGGACUUCGGUAAGCUGCUGCCGCCAGACACCUACUUUGCGGACAAUCGUAAAUUUGUACACACCGGUUGCUUUGCUUUCGACCGCUUCAGUCGCAUGGGCAGUGCGCGUGAGGUGAAGCCAAUCAUGGAUUUCACUUUUACAGUGGACAUACAGGAGGUGUACUGGAGCCAGCAGGAAAAGCUGGAGGAACCAUCGCUGAAGCAACAGGAACGGCAUGAAGAUUCGUUGGACAUGCAAUCAGUGGGCACCAAAGCUGUCAUACUCGAAGUUCCUAAAGAUCGUGUAUUUGAUAACGGGGUUGAAUGGACUCGUAAUUCCGAAAUGCAAUCCGUUUCUGGAAAUGGAUCCGUGGAUAGCUUGAACGUAGGUGCUGAACUUUCCGAGUCGGAUGAACGAGAAAUACCGCUGGAGUCAGUGCAAGAUUCCGAUGUAGCGUCAACUGUACAUUCAUCUCAGGGACGACGCAGGAAAUUCAUAAGGCUCAUAGAUAAGCCCGUUCAAUAUAAUAAUGAGGAAGAAGAUAAAGACCAUCAUUAUGAUCCAAAGGUUGUUACUAGAAAACUGCCUACAAGACCGAAUCAUAAAGACAAUCAGUCUGGAGAUGAUUUAAUAGAUGAUUUAGAUGAUGAUGUUGGCUCUGAUUCUUAUGCUGAAAAUGAUAGCUACGACAGAGCGGAAGACUGGCUGGCGGGUCGUGUUGAUGACCCAAAAAAACCUAAGCCUAAACCUAAACAGAAACUUAGCAGUUCAGCAGCUUCAGGUUUAGAGAAACCUCCAUCCAAAGCAGCAAAAGAUGAAAAAAUCAGGGGUUUACUUGGGGAUAGUGCAAAGAAGAGUAGUAUUCUGGAAUUACAGCGCAUAGAUGAAGAAGCAACUAGAUUUCUGCAAGAAGAAAUGCUACUUAGGGAGCAAAUGCCAAAACGAAAGGGAAAAAAACAUUCAGAUAAUAAUAUUCAGAAUUAUACAAUUGAUGACAGUAUUAUAGAUGAUUCUUGGGCUGAAUUGGAACAAGAAUAUAAAAAUAUAAGCCAUGAUUUGGAAGGAGAACUAAUGACUAAAUCAAGUCCAAGAGCUGCUUCCAAAACACGAAAGUCCCAAGCGCAGGCAGCUCGUGUCGAAGCAGUUGACCGGAACACAAGCUUUCUAGAUUCUACAUUACCUGAAAUGAUGGAUGAUCACAGCAACAGAUAUUCACAUAUAAAUUCGACGGAUGAUUCAUUUGAAAAUAAGCCAAAAGUCAUACGCAAGAAGAAGAUUGUCUCAAAAACAGAGCACUUGGAGGUGUUGGACGUUGGAUCCACCUCCCGCUUACGGGGAAAUAAAUAUAUGUCUUCACAGGAAAAUCUAGAGGCAGUUGCGUCCGACUCGGCUAGACAGAUAUUGAAACAAAUUCUCAAAGAUAAAGUUGGUAAAAAGCCCAAAAACGUAAUUGCAGACAUGGACAAGCCAACGGAAACGGAUGUGCUGGAAGAAUUGCUUCAGAAGCCAAAUGCACACAAAAGCAAACCAAUGCCAAGUUUCGAAGAAAAAUGUAAAUCUAGUGAAUCAGUAUUACCCAAGAAAAUACCAAAACCGAAACAGUCGACUUCAAAAGCGGACCUUUCUCUAAGCGCUCGCUGGGUGGAGGUAAGCAAGGAGCAGACUCGAGCCUUGGAGGAAACAGAACAGUUUAUUGCAGAUAGCUGCAAAACAGAGCUAGAUGUAUUCUCAGUUGAAGAGCAGUGUUCUCAGAGCUCAAAGAAACCUAAAAAAAAGAAACUGGGUCGCACAUCGCGCUCGAUAAUUAGAAAGAAUAUUGAAUAUAGUGAGAUGAAUGUUAGCUCGGAAAUGGAAUCAAACAUCGAUAGUUCAUUAAUGAAUGAAUCCUUUAAGGAAUACAUGCCUAAGCGUAAAGUGUCAACAAGGGAGUGUUCCAAUAUCCAUUCGUCUCAGGACAUUAUAGUGUCAGAAAUGAAUUUGAAAAUUGAAAAUAAUACUGAAAGUUCCUUCGUAGAGCAGUUGAAACUUGAGCGCAAACUGAUUAAAAAGAAUAAUGACUGUGAUAAAUCACAGGAUCCCAUUGCCAACCCUGUUACCAAUCCUAUUGCAAAACAAUCCACUCCCAAUACUAGCAAGCUCAGAGAACGGAUUCGUCAUAAAACUGAGAAUGUCGCCUCAGAAUUGGAAUCCAGUCCCACUCGAAAGUUUGAGAAAAAGCCUCGGCAAACUGUACACCGAUCUGCAUUGCAUAAAUAUUUGGACGCAGAAGAAGCAUGUGCCACUUCUCAGCAAGUGGCCGACCAGUCUGAGAAACCAUUAAAGAAACGCACCGUCAGGGCAACAGCCUUCGAGCCUUGGGAAGCAGAGGCGCUUGAACUGCAGUCGAUAGGGAGCAAAGGUGUUUCGAAGAAAAGGACAGCUAAAGUGCCUUCUGAUGUCAAUCAGUUGCAGCAGACGGUCAUCGACAAGCUCUGUGCUCUAAAAGAGAAGAAUUCCGCUCCAUCCCAGCUGGGUGCAGCUGCACCUGUCUCCCACUUGGAGGUUACAGUGCACAUGUACGACGACAAAAAAGUUGCAGAAGAGCGAGCCAGAGAUGGCACCACGUAUGUGAACCAGAGCGUGAACACAGAUAUCACCAACAUGAAUGAGAGCAUCAAGCUCAUUUUGGCGACUGGCAGGAAACUGCAGGACGAGAUGCAGCGGAAGACGCAAGAAUACAUGGACAGUCUAAGUCAGUACCGAUCUGAGGCGGAUUCAUCGCAGCGGACAUCAAACAAUGAAACGCCGAAGAGUAUCCAUAACAUGACUAAUAUUGGUGCUGAUUACGAGUCCAAAUUUGUCGAGCUGGAGCAGCACAUAGGUGAGCUGGAGCAGCAUUUGCGUAAGUUUGAAAGCCGCACACAGGAUAUGCAGGAUAUGAACUCAAAGCUGGAGAACGAGAAAAUUCAAUUAAAGCAACGCAUCAAUAAAAUGGAGCUCCAAAUAGAGCAACUGCGCCAGCAGGGCACCAGUGGCAACAAUCUGCAGGAGGUGCUCAGUGAGAUGCGCCUACAAAACAUGCGCUACAUGGACAUGAGCAAGGCCAAGGAUCGGUACAAGAAGCAAUGGCGGCGCAGUGCCAAGCGUGUCCACGCCCUCAAACUGGCCAUGUACGAGAAGAGAAUGGAGAGUGAAAAAAAUUUGCCACAGAUGCUCAAUCUGAAGAGUAUUCUUACCAAGGAUGCUGAUGAGUUCGAGCGUGAGUUCGGUCGCUUCCGCCGGUCGAACACAGCGCUCAGCUUUUCCGGUUCUGGUGAUUCGCCGGAGCCGUUGCUAAAAGAUUAUCUGCGCGGUCUCUCCAGUCAAGCAGUAGACCAGCAUAAGCCUGUUAAUCAUGUGGAGAGCAGUCGGAUGCAUUAGCCCCAUUUCCAUUCAACGAAAUUGUACGUGAUUAAUGGUUAAUUGAUUGUAUACUCAGAGGAUUCCCAUCCUUAUUUGCGUUAGUUAUUUGGUUUAUCGUAAAAUUUCUGUUUUCUUGAGACAAGUAAAUAUUUUAUGUA